AUGUCUGGGUAUCAUUUCCUUUACCCAUCACAUCACACACAUUCAACAUCGAAUUCAUCCAAACGACCACGUACAAGUACAGCUAGUGCAAAACAAACUACUACAGCACCUAAAAAACUUUUUUCAUAUACACUUUAUGAUCGAAAAUAUUUCUUUCAACAUUAUCACCAUACAAGUGGUAUACGAUUAAGCAAUAGUAAUCAUGAUAAUGAAACAACUUAUUAUACGGAUAUUACACGUGAAUAUGCUGGGCAAGCAGUCCUUGCUUCAGCACAAAUUACACGAUUUGAUGUUAAAAUUUUACCAAAUGAAUCAACAAAUGAAUGUCAACCAUUAAUCCGUCAUCCUCCACAAUCACCACCAUCAGUCGUUCAAUUUCGUUUACCACAUAUUCGUCAAUCAAUAUUAAAUACAUCAAAUGAAUUAGCAAUACUUUCCGUAACUAAUUUAAGUAUUCAAAGUGUUUGUAGACAAUCAUUUGAAUAUGAUCAAUUAUAUUCUGAUAAUGUACAAGUUGGUACACGUGUUCAACGUGUACAACAAGAGGUUAAUUUAUCAUUUAUACGUCUUGUUUAUCAAUUUUAUACAGUUGUUGGUAAUGCACUCGAAUAUACAGAAAUAAAACCAGAUCAACCGUCAAUAAUAUCACGAAAACAACAACAACAUCCAACACGUCAUAUGGCAAUAAAUGUAACAAACGAAACACUUUUACUUUCGUCAUUUGGUUGGUUAAUUAUUGAUGAAAUAUAUUAUGCAGCUUCUUUAGGUGGUUUAAAAGUUGAUGGUUGUAUGGGAAAAGUUCAAGGAAAUGUUAGUUUAUCACAAAGACUUCGAGCAUAUGAUGGUCCAUUAAUUUUUAAAAUUGGUUCAACAUCUCUUUCUUUAAAAAAAACUCUUUCUACGCAUACCGAUAAUCUUCCAUCGACAAAUAUUUCAACAAUUCAUCCAUCAUCGUCUAAUCGUGGUGUUACAAAUAUUGAUACAAUUGCAAGGAAUGUACCAUUAAGACCACAAGAAGUUCAUGAUCUUGUUAAUCGUGCUGGUCGUUUAAUAACAUCUUAUGUUCAAGAAUUUCUUCCCGGUGAUAUACAACAAAUAUCUUCAAUACCAGCAACAACUAAUACAGAUAAUGACUUAAUUAAUACAAGUUUGAAUGAUAUUAUUGAAGGAUCUCAUACACCAAUUCCAUCAGAACAAACAACAACAAAAAAAAAACGUUCAGAUGCACAUUGUAAAGAUCCAAUUAUUCAUAAUAUUAAUCGAUGUCCAUUAGAAACUCAGCAAAAUAUAUCAAUAUCAUCGAAACGGCCUAUGUUUGAAACUCACAUAACAACACAUUGUCAAGGAUUAACAUUUUUUACAACACUUCUUUCAACAUUAAAAGUUCAAUAUAAAAUAGGUGUUACUAAUAUUGGUGGAAUGAAAUCACGUUUUACAACUAUUAUAUAUGAACAUGCUUUACAUUUUUAA